GACAUUUGUGACAUUUUUUAUCUGGAUUCUUUAAACAAUUCACCCAAAAGAAUAUCUUCUCAGCGUUCUUCAUGCUUAGAUGUUAUCCUGACGAAUGUUCCAGGUUAUUUCAGAGAAUCGGGAAUUUUGGAGGUUAGCCUCAGUGAUCAUUGCCUAGUUUAUAUAGUUCUAAAUAAGAAAUUACCGCAACCUAAAGCCGAAAUUAUCCGGGGGCUCUCUUUCAAGAACUUUGAUGAAGGCUCUUUUUGUAGCGACCUUAGUUUGGUGUACAUGUAUAUUGGGCUUGGGAAAAAUUGUUAACUGAAGCUCUGGAUGAUCAUGCUCCAGUGAAAUCGAAUCGCCAAAGACUAUUCGCUCAUACAGGGUGUUUCAAAAGUUCGUUCCGAUUUUCAUUCGCUUACAUUUUACUAAUUAUUAAAAAAGGCCUUUUGUAAAACUUAGUAUGUUAUUCGUUAUUCAUCUAACAUUGAAUAACUAAAGUAUUAGUAACCAGAAUGUCUUCUUGUAUGUUUUCUGACAUUUUCUAAGCGGUUAGAUCAUGAUCUAAAGUGUCAAGUCUAGCAGCACUAGUAGAGUGAUUCUCUGGUGAUCCAUGUUAAGCAAGAUGUCAUUGUGUACCUUAAGGAGGGCCGUCUCGAUGCUGUGGCCUGCUCGAUAGGCUGACUGGAGCGUUGGGUAAAACUCUGAUCGCACUAAAUACUCUUGAGUUUGGUUGUACACUGCUCUCGCCAAAGCUCCGAAAUAAACUGGAGAUUGCUCACAGGUCUAAGAUUUGAAAGGGAGGCGCUUUGACAAGGUUUCUUGAGCCGUGGAUCAACUAGAGCAGCUUUCCACGCAGCUGGAAAGUGUCCAAGAGUCAAGGAACAAUUAACCACAGAAGUGUUUAUUGAAGGAGUUCUUCAAGGCUAGCCAGUGAGAUAGAAGUUGGCAAAGGAUCGAGCAUACAGCUUUUCUUAGCUGAAGCCUGAAUGAGCUGGUAUACAUCCUUCUCUGUCAGUUCCUUAAAAACACGUAGUGGUUCGAGAUUUGAGCUGAAAACAGGGUCGUCAAUCUGGUCACCACAUCUGUUCUGGGUAACAUCGAUACCGUCAUUGCGGAUAUUAAGGAUCUUACGAUGGAAAAAGGGGGCAAUGUCAUUUGCCAGAGCUACCUUAUCAUGACAAUUGGGGAAAAACAAUUUAUCAUUUGGCAUAAGGAGUGCCUUUAUUGCCCUGAAGAGUUUUCGCUGAUCA